AUGGCUCCAGCGAACCGUCCUCGGUCUCUGCGCAGCGCAUUCUCUUUCGUCUCGGGCAGACGUGCAUCUUCGCCAGGGCCGCCUUCUCCAACAUUUUCAGAAGCUACCAAUGUCUCCGCUAUGAACCUGGGCGCUAACGGGCCGAGUAAAAUCAUCACUCGAGCAAACCUCAAAUCGAGUAUCCAGGCUUAUGAGGACUUGGUCAAUUCAUGCUCCACAUAUCGAGCAGCACUGGUUGCUAUGUCGAAGGCGACGGCGUCGUUUGCGGAUGCCAUGGAACGAUGCAGCGGACUCAAAGGGCCCACAUACGAAGCCGGAACUAGGCUUCUUGCAGCUUCAGGAAUGCAUCAUCUCAUGGGGAACCUCUGGCAAGUUCUCUCAGACACACUCGACAAGAAAGUCGAAAAACCGCUCCGUCAAACCCUCGACUCUUAUCGAACAGUCGUUCAGGAACGCUCUCAAGACUACGAACAGACUCUUAAAGAAAAGAGUAGAAUUAUUCACGAAACCGAAACGCGCAGCUUGAACCGGAAGUCAAGGAAUCUUCAAAGCUUUAGGGAAGCGCUGGCGAUACUCCAACGACAAGUGGAUGAACUUGACGAGCUGAAGGUCUCCCACUACCAGGAGAUAAUGGACCACGAAGAGGAGAUAUGGAAUGGCGUGCAGAGCAAGGUUUGCGUAGCCGUCAGAUCUACGAUGGACGUGUUUGACAGAGUGACUGCCAAAGCGUCAGAUCCGAUAAUUGAGCCAAUGCUUCAAACUGUGCCGGAUCCGUUCGACUCGUAUGGUCCACCACAAUCAGAAAAUCAGAUCUUUAGCAUUCUCGCACCGUUGUCUAUCAUGAGCCCUUCUCCCUCUCCGAGCCCCGUUGUCGGUACUCCCGAGAACUACGACCGUGUGGGUAGUGUCGGCACAGAUUCCAGUGUACCGCACCCCUCGCACUCCCAAUCUCACUCCCUUGCGCAUCCGAAAAUCACGUCUUGGCUCCCGUCAGCCUCGAAUGGUGUAUUCCCCAUCGAAUCUACCGACUGGGCGCACACCGCCAGCUCUGUACCUUCGUCCGUGACCGGUUCCACUUCCGGGUCACUCGCAGGUUCAGGCUCAGGCUUCACCUCACCCAUCUCACCUACUCCCUCUUCACCUACAACCCCCACUUCGGUUCCUUCAUCGGCUUCACCACCAUCUGCAGGCGGAAUCGCUAGUCGCAGACAUUCAGUCCCUCCUUCACGAAAUGCCGUCAAAGCCGAAUCCAAAUUACGUUCCGUCCUACCACCUAUCGAAGAACUGCACCCUCCAACCACGCCGACCGCUUCCUCUCAUGUUCAUCCCGCUCCCGCUUCCGAAAAUGCAAACAGUCGACCAGCUUCAUCAUCAAGCUUCUCCCUUGCCAUGUCCAACGCCUCGAAUUCCAUAGUUGCACCAUUUAUCAACGCCGCACACAGCUGGACGUCGGGUAGGGCGGACAAUACGCCUAGUCCAGUGCCACAACUUAUCAAUUCGACCGGGAUAUGGGAUUACGAACUGCGUGGAUCUGGACACUUUGAGUCGACCACCCCUUACGACGACCUCGAUCCGGACGAUGCGGCAACAACCAGGUCGUCCACAACCACAACCACGACGACAACAAACACGACUAUCAGUGCUGGCGGCGGCCAAAUCACGCCUCGCAAUUCACAAACCACUCUAUUCUCGCCACCGCCACCUCAGCCAAUAGCAUCGCACACACCAACACCACCGCGAUCUCUUGAACCACCCGGAGGAGGUUCACCGACGACCGAAAGCGAGCUCGAAUCAUCUCAGUCUGAAUCUUCAUCGUCACUAUCUUCAUCUCGCGCAGAUCUCAAUCAUGGAAGCGGAAAGGAAAAGGACGCAUCGGAUAUUAGUGAUGCGACGCCUUACAUCUAA